AUGCCACCUGCCCCACAUCUCACCUGCCCCACAUCUCACCUGCCCCACAUCUCACCUGCCCCACAUCCCACCUACCCCACAUCUCACCUGCCCCACAUCUCACCUGCCCCACAUCUCACCUGCCCCACAUCUCACCUGCCCCACAUCUCACCUGCCCCACAUCUCACCUGCCCCACAUCUCACCUGCCCCACAUCUCACCUGCCCCACAUCUCACCUGCCCCACAUCUCACCUGCCCCACAUCUCACCUGCCCCACAUCUCACCUGCCCCACAUCCCACCUGCCCCACAUCUCACCUGCCCCACAUCUCACCUGCCCCACAUCUCACCUGCCCCACAUCUCACCUGCCCCACAUCUCACCUGCCCCACAUCUCACCUGCCCCACAUCUCACCUGCCCCACAUCUCACCUGCCCCAUGUCAGAGAGCAUGAGAUCACCGUCCACUGCCCGCUCUGCUGCCACGUCUGCACGCGCAUUGGCCAUGGACGCAUGGGUUUUGGGCCAGGGCAUGGAGGACGAUAUGCCCACACCCAGCUUUAGGGCUUUAUCCCCCCUUUUUCCUCCCCCCCCUUCUCCUUCAACCCCGAUUCCUUCCCCCAUCCCCCCACUCCCCCCGACAUGGCGGGCGAGAUGUCCAGCCCCACCCAGUGGUGCCCUGCCUCAGAUAACGCCUCCCCGCUCAGCCCCGAGCCGCAACCUGGGGGGGCGGGGAAGCGAGCAGGGGAUGGGGGAAAGCGAGCAGGGGAUGGGGGAAAGCGAGCAGGGGAUGGGGGAAAGCGAGCAGGGGAUGGGGGAAAGCGAGCAGGGGAUGGGGGAAAGCGAGCAGGGGAUGGGGGAAAGUGAGCAGGGGAUGGGGGAAAGCGAGCAGGGGAUGGGGGAAAGCGAGCAGGGGAUGGGGGAAAGCGAGCAGGGGAUGGGGGAAAGUGAGCAGGGGAUGGGGGAAAGAGAGCAGGGGAUGGGGGGAAAGCGAGCAGGGGAUGGGGGAAAGAGCGGCGGAGUGGUGGAAAACCCCAACGUUCAAACGCUUUCCCCACCCUCUCCAACCCCCCCACCCCCCUCCCCCCUUCUUCCCCCCACCCCCUUCCCCCCCUCUUCGGCGCACCAAUGUCCAGCAGGAGCCGCGGAGUGCCGUCAUCGGGAAGCGCGAGUAGCUCGACUGCUCGCUCCGUGA